AUGGGUAUUAAUGUACAUAAUCUCAUCGAUAGGAAACAAGAUGAAUACGAUCAACGAGAAGAUCAAGAAAUAUUGACAACACUCAUACAACAGCAACAAAUAAUGAUUCAACAGCAAAAUGCUUACUUUCAUUUUCAUUCAAAACAAAUCGAUCAUGGAUUUCAAGUUUUAGCUGAAAAAAUUGAAGGACUCCGAGAAAAGUCUCAGGACAAAGAAAACAUGCUCGUACAAGAUAGAGCAGCUAUUCCGCAGACGUUCAACAUCAAAGAUUUGACAUCUUCAGAAAUAGAAAAAUCUGCUGUUCUUUCUUCGUCCUUGCCUUCAUCAAAUGACAUUUUUAUCAAUGGUGUCUGGUUCAAUCGUUACCAGCAAUAUGGUGUAUGGUAUGGACCAUUCCAACAUUAUAUGAGUUUCAACGCAAAUAACAAUAUAUUUCAAGGUCAUGGCGAAGACAAUUAUGGCACUGGUGAUCCACAAUUGAAUUUUGGUCAUCAAUGUUUGUGUAAAAUGACAUGGAAUAAAGAAAGACAUGUUUUUGAGGGUAUUAUGUUUGUACCAGAUGGAUGGACAAUGGUACCUUGUGGUCUAUUCGAGAUGUCAUUUGUCAAAUCUUGA